CUGUAAUUUUAUUGCUCCAUUCUCAUUCUCCUUGUAUAUGGCCCUGCCCAAGCGGAUUAUCAAGGAAACCGAGCGACUGGUAGCAGACCCAGCUCCGGGAAUAACAGCUGCGCCGCAUGAAGACAAUUUACGAUAUUUCGAUGUUACCAUUCAGGGUCCUGAUGGGAGUCCGUUUGCCAACGGUGUUUUCAAGCUGGAGCUAUUCCUUCCCGAAGAAUACCCCAUGACUCCUCCAAAGGUUCGCUUCCUGACCAAGAUCUACCACCCCAACAUCGAUAAACUCGGACGAAUCUGUUUAGAUAUCCUGAAAGAUAAAUGGUCGCCUGCUCUUCAAAUCCGCACCGUCUUGCUGUCGAUACAGGCAUUACUCAGUGCGCCAAAUCCUGAUGAUCCCCUCGCGACCGACGUUGCGAAGCAUUAUAAGGAGAACGAGAAGGAUGCACAGCGUGUCAGUCAGGAGUGGACACAGUUGUACGCUUCUGCUUAGAGCGUCGAUAGAGAUGUGUAUGAAGAAGUUUUGUUUUGUCAUCGUCCGUCACGGCCAUGAAUUCUGUAAUCCUAUAUCAACUCACGCUACUUUUCUCUUCACCUUGCAACUUACUCUGCCCCUCUUGACAUCCCAG